GGGAACUUUUGUUUUGGAAAGAGUCUCCGGCAAUAUAAUCCCUAGAACCCAGGCGUUUAUAUACAUCGGAUAGAGCUCCCCACUGCCAGGUAAGGCCAAAUGUAGGGGAUAUUAUCACAUUAUUGAGAUAUAACCGUCCAUUUUACCAUUAAUCCUGUAGAUCAUACACAGGGCUAUAUAUCUGUAGAAGACUGAAACUCCCAUCAUGCACAUAAAGACUGCACAUUGAUCCAUAGGUUUCCAACCAUUCUGAGCUCCUGGAAUUUGAAUCCGUUUUAAUCGUGUAUUCGUGUACAUAUUUUCCCUUAUCCUCCUGGGACUAGAGAUCAGCAUUACACAAUGAGGAAACUGUGUGAGACUGGGCCAUUCCUCACACUGAGGGAGUUGGCCAAGCUGCUGCAAAACCUCAUAUUGAAACAGAGCUGUCAAUCAAUGUGUUGAUGUUUUGACCACAUUCAUUUGCACCAAGUAGGUUGAUGAGAAAAGUUGCAAUGCAAUAGGUUAGCAGAACUUGGACUUCACCUACUAAUAUAUUGCAUGUAUAUUACACUAGGAAAAACUGAAUGAUGAUGGGAAAAAAAAUGUCUUACUUAAAGUGACACUAUAGGCACCAAAACAACCAAACUGCUUCAUUAAUGAAGCAGUUUGGUUGUGUAGAUCACGCCCCUGAAGUCUCCUAUGUUUAAUUCACUGCCAUUUAGCAGUUAAAUCACUUUUGUUUCUGUUUAUGCACCCCUAGCCACACCUCCCCUGGUUGUGACUGACACAGACUGCAUGAAAACAAAUGGGUUCAUUUCCAUCAGAUGUUAACUUGCUUUAGAAAGUUUUCUCCUGCUCUUUAAAUUGAACUUCAGUCACACACGGGAAGCUCCCGCAAGCUCUAGCAAGCUAUUUACAGAGCAGGAGAUCAGAAAUUCUAAAUUAAACAGAAUGUGCAAUAAAGGAAGUGUAAACAUUAGAUAUCUCUCUACAGGAAAUGUUUAAGCUGUGUAAAUUUAUUGUUUAGAAAAUUAAAAAGAACAAUGUGAUAUUAAAUAUUCUUUAACUAUGUUAUAGGUAUUAAAGGCGUACAAUGGCCAAGUUGGUGCAGCUUCCACCAAAGUUCCUUCCGCAGGAGUGGAGUGUUACUAACAAGACCCGCUAUGCAAAUGCUGAGUCUCAGAGAUCCAGAUCAGAGAGACUAGUUGCUGAAAGUAAACGAUUGGUUGAUGAGGUUGAAAAGAGAACUCAGAAAUCUCAACAGGAUGUCAACAAGAAGCUAGGUACCUAUUUUAUUAACUGACAAUAUUUGCAGUAAGUAGUGUUCCACAAAACGACUGUACAAAACAAGGCCUUGCAGCAUUUAGAAUUCUCACAGUGUAUUCAGAGCCCACGUCCUACUGUGCUAAAUUGCAGCCAUGGCUUUUGACCUGCAGAAGUUGAGAUAUAGUUUGGGAAGAGGUGCCUCUAUGCACAGAUGCACAGGGAAAGAAUGCAGGCCAAGAAAUUUGUUACUCUGUAGUGUGAAAAAACACACUGGCUUUAAGGGAUACAUUAGUAUAUAUAUGGGCCAAAUUGUGCACUGCUUUGAAAUACAAAAUAAAAGUUAGUAGAAGUAUACAUAUUGUUGGGAGAGAAGAAGUUUAUAAUGAUUCAUACUCAACAGGUUACUGUCCUGCAUACAUAACUCACUGGAUUUAUUACUAAAAUCACCAAAACAACUUUAGCUUACUGAAGCAGUUUUCAUGUAUAAAUCAUACCCUUGCAGUCUCACUGCUCAAUUCUCUGACAGUUAGGAAUUAUACCACUUUUGUUUCUGUCAAUGCAGCCCUAGCCACACCUCCCCUAAUUGUGACUCGCACAGUCUGCAAGGAAUACAUGACUUAAUUUUCAAUCAGAUGUUAACUUACUUUAAAAGUUGUUAUCUCCUGCUCUGUAAAUUGAGCUUUAAUUACAUAUAGGAGGCUCCUGCAAGGUCUAGCACACUAUUAACAGAGCAGUUGAUAAGAAAUUCUAAAUUAUACAGAAUUUGCAAUAAAGGAAGUGUGAACAUUAGAUGAUUCUUUACAGGAAAUGUUUAGGAAGGCUGUUCAAGUCACAUCCAGGGAGAUGUGCCUAGGGCUACAUGAACAAAGUGAUUUAAUUCCUAAAUGGUAGAGAAUUGAGCAUUUAGACUGCAGGGGUAUGAUCUAUACACCAAAACUGCUUCAUAAAGCUAAAGUUGUUUUGGUGACUAUAGUGUCCCUUUAACAUGGUAUGAAAUUGUAUUUGAUGUUAUUUCUCAGUGAAACAGACCUAUGGGCUAAUCAUUAUGUGUGGUAGAAGCUACAGGAUGUUUAAGAAAAGUUCAGUACUCACAUGGUUAAAACUACUGUACAACUAUCUUGAACCAGGGCGCAUGUGUGGAAUAUCAGGAACGCCCUAUUAGAUAACAUAUGUAAGAGAUACAUUUUAGUUUAAUUAUUGGAUGAAACUAUUGUAAUGUGGGUGUAAUUUUUGUAUUCUUUGUAUACGUAUGGAAUACAUCAUUUGUGGUAUAUAUUCUUUGUUCUCUUGUAAACGUGUGCCCAGUCGGGUAUUCCAAGACUAUUGUCUGACUGAGACUUUGCAGCUACAAAACAAUAAAUAGUCUUUGUUCUUCGACGACCUGUCUCUGGAGUGUUUGGGGUAUCCCUGCAUCAUCUCUGACCCGAGAAUUCUUCUACAUAUGCACUAAGAAUUGCUGCACAAGUCAUGUUCUUGCAAAAUAAAUCAUGAUCUUUAUCAAUUAAUUCAUUCUUGUAUGAAUCUGUUGGAAAGUUCCAUAUAUUGAGUUUGACUGACUGUUCCCUGUAUUACUAUCUUCUUCCUAUGUCAACUACAUCAUAGUGCUGUUUCUAGUCUUAGAAUGGGAUAGGAUUGUGGGAGUUGUAGUGUAACAACAGUAAGUCAUAGCUGGGCAUCUCUAGAUUGUUAAUGAUGUGUUAAAGGAGUGAGCAAUAAUCAAAAUAAAAUAUAAAACAGUGUUUCAGAGCUUUAUGGAGAUAUGUUUGACACACAUUAAAUAUUUGAUUGCAGAGCAGAGACUGGAUGAAAUCAAAUUCUGGAAGGAAGAGUUAGAUAAUAAACUUGCUGAAACUGUGAAUGAAAUUGAACAACUGGUGGCUUAUAAAAUCCGCUUGGAGAAAGCUCUGGAGGGUUGCAUGGAGCCGCUAGCAAUAGCCCAGCAAUGCUUAACGGAAAGGUAAGAGAAUAUAAAUAUUCUAUCCUUUUACACUGGUGUAAAGAGGGAAAUUAGGAUAGAAAAGAAAGACAGAGGGAUUUGUGCCCAAAAUAGGGACUGUCUCUUCUAUAUACGGACAGUUGGGAGGUAUGCAUCUAAAAAAAUAAAUAAAAAAAUGUAUAGAAUGUUUUGGAUUUUGAUUAAACGGUUGCAUUAUUUUUUUUAUCUGGUACACAGGGAGAAAAGAGCAAGGAUUGAUUUAGUCCAUGACGAGUUGGAACGGGAACUCAUUAAAGAGGUGGAAGUUAUUCAGGGGGUGAUGGCUCUGCUGGAACGAACACUUGAACAAAUCACUGAACAGAUCAGGUGAGUGUGCGAAACCCAAGAAAGCAAUACUUCUAACAACCCAUUCAAAGCAGGGUUAUUCACAAACGUGGGAAUUGAUGGAAAUUCAAAGAGACGUUUAAAACUUUUAAAUAGCUGAAUUAGAAAAAAAAAUCCAAGUCAAUUAUGAUUUCAGUUUGACUGUUUUGGCUUUAAAUCUGAAAUUUACUUUGUGAAUAACCCUGAAAAACAUCUGCUUUAGUAAAUAGUAAUCAACUAAUGUUUAACCUCUUCAUGAAAUGCUUUUUUGAGUUUCUGUGAGUUCAUAUUCUGUAUGUUCAAUUUUACGGUUUCUUGUAGCAAUUCUUCAAAGAUAAUAAAAUGUGUUAUAAAGCAUAUGCAGGGCUGUCUUUUGAUAUCCUAUUUGUAUACAAACACAAUACUAAUCGUUUUCUUCUUAAAUGCAAGACAGGGGUUGAUCUUUACAAAAAGUAAAGGGGAAAAAAAGAAAAUAAUUUAUUUAAAAAUGUUUUAUCUUGAUUUGGAUCAACAUCAGAAACAAAUAUGUAUUGUGUGUUGAACCUGAGUCGUUUUUCAACCUACAUAACUAUGUGAAAUUAUAAAAUAAAACUUUCACUUGAAAACACCAACAGUAACUUCGCUUAUAUUAACCCUUUCAUUUUUCUAACUUUUGCAGGCUGAGUCGUUCGGCUAAAUACUCACUAGAAAAGGAUGUGGCAGACAAGUUUCAGGCGAUUAAACUCGAUAACCACUGCAGUACGCUACAUAAUAACACUCCCGACAUCCAUUACACAGAUAAUGUUGUCAGGAUUCAGGGGAAGUAAGUAGGCGAGUUAAAAAAAAUAAUAAAAUUAAAGGGUGUAUAUUGUAGACAUAUUAAUUUAUUAUAAUGUUUGAAAAUGCUAUUGUAUCGGUAACUGAAGUAAUCGCAAAUGCAAAAAAGGGUUUUGUUGGUUUUUUAUUUUUUUCUGAAGCAAUAGAAUGUUUGUUUAGGUGGAAAAUUGCGUAUUUUCUAUUAUAAUUUUUUUUUUUUUUUAAAUGGAAUUUCUACCUUAUUGGAAUUCUGGCUCUCAGUCUCCUUUUCUGAGACACAGCAGGUGGAGGAAGAACUGAAAUUUAUGAAACGUUGACAAAAGAUAUUGCAUUGGUCCAGGCCCUAUAGGUCUUUGUCAAGCUAUGGUCGAAACGUUGCUGUUUUUGCUCCAAUAAAGCUGCCUUUUGGCUAUUACCUUGAGUGCUUGGACCAAUACUUUAUUUCAUAUAUCUACGUGGGGUCUGGCCGUCCUCGGAUCCAGUGCACCUUGGCUGCCUGGCGAGUGCGUUUUUUUUCAAAAUAAAAAUUUCUACUAAAAAAAAAAUAUUGCAGCUUGCUGUACAGAUGUGAAAGAGAGAGUAAUAAACAUUCAUGUAAAGUUGCCACAUUGUUACUAGAAGGCUUGUGAUUUGUUAUUGGGACCCUGCAGGCAUUAACACAGCUUUUAUGAACUCAAUAGCUUUUGUUUUCUAUAGUUAUUGAACUUUCUACAUCAAAUUUUGUGUAGUUUUUGCAAAAGUACAUACAUGUUUUGCUCCUUUACACAUCUUACUCAUGUCCUUUCUCAUGUAUCCCAUUCUAAAAUACUUACUUCAUGAUGUGAAUGUUGCUGGUGCAUUGCGGCACAGCUGCCUUUCAUUUCCUCCUACCCGCAGUGUUUCUCCCAUAAGAGAUUUGUUCAUUUCAUAAGGAAACACAGACAAGUUCUCUGUGAGUUCAUAAGUAAAACAGCUGAUAGCGGAAUUACAUAGAAACAUAGACUGUGACGGCAGAUAGGAACCAUUCGGCCCAUCAAUUCUGCCCAAUGCUUGCUUAAACUCCCUCACUGUGUUAAAGGGAUCCUAUAGGGAUCCUAUAGGGAUUAAUAUAUAUAAAACCCCUUUAGCCACUUCACUGAAUCCUGCGCCGAUUUCUCUCUGCGCUGGGUCUGGCUCUGCCCAUGCUCCUCACCCACCGACUGCUGAAAGGUUAUUCCGUGCAUCCACUCAGUGGUGUAUCCUGGUUUUGUGCCCCCCCGCCACCCCCACCCAACCCUUCCCUCCCGCUCCACCUUCUAAAUACACACACACACAGAGUCAGACACAGACACACACACACAGUCAGAGACACACACACACAGUCAGACACACACACAUUCAGAGACACACACACAGUCAAACACAAACACAGUCAGACACAAACACACACACAGUCAGACACACAUACACACACAGUCAGACACGAACACACACACACACACAGUCAGACACAAACACAGUCAGACACACACACACAGUCAGACACAAACACGGUCAGACACACACACAGUCAGAGACGCAUACACACAGUCAGACACACAACACACACACACACGGUCAGACACAACAGUCAGACACACACAGUCAGACACAAACACACACACAGUCGCACAAACGCACGGUCACGCACACAGUCAGACACACACACACUCAGACACAAACACACACACAGUCAGACACAAACACACACACCAGUCAGACACACAACACACAGACACAGUCAGACACAUACACAACACACACAGUCAGACACACACACAGUCAGACACAAACACACACAGUCAGACACACACACACAGUCAGACACAAACACACACACACGGUCAGACACAAACACACACAGUCAGACACAAACAGUCAAACACACACACACACACACACAGUGGACAGGUCAGACACAAACACACAGUCAGACACAAACACACAGGUCAGACACACACACACGGUCACACACACACACACAGUCAGUCAGACACACACACACACACACACAGUCAGACACACACAGUCAGACACAAACACACAGUCACACACACACACACACACACACAGUCACGCACACACAGUCAAACACACACACACACACACAGUCGAAGCACACACAAUCACUCACAUUAACACUUUUUUAUUUUUAUUUAAACCCCCCAGCCUCCUUACCUUUGGGAUUGCUGGGGCUUCUUUCUCCCUUGUGGUCCAGUGGCUGCCGGUCGGGCUGAUGGGCUGGCUGCUGUGCAGGCGGCUGGCGAGGGAGCACUUCCCCUGAGCAGAGUGAGGCUGGGAGCCGGUUUGAUGACGUCAUCGACCCGGCUCCCAGCCUCACUGUGCGGCGCGCGAGGGAGCUGAGCAGACCACUCAGGGGAAGUGCUCCCUCGCCAGCCGCCCGCCAGCCCAGCAUGUAUGUUAGCAGCUUUUUUUGCCGCCCCCUGAAAAAUGCCGCCCAAUGCAAAUGCCUUGUUUGCCUCGAGGCUAAUACGCCCCUGCAUCCAUUACCCUCUCAGUAAAGUAAUACUUCCGGAUAUUAUAUUUAAACCUUUGCCCAUCUAAUUUAAGACUAUGUCCUCUUGUUGUGGUAGUUUUUCUUCUAUUAAAUAUAGUCUCCUCCUUUACUGUGUUGAUUCCCUUUAUGUAUUUAAAUGUUUCUAUCAUAUCCCCCCUGUCUCGUCUUUCCUCCAAGCUAUGCAUGUUAAGUUCCUUUAACCUUUCCUGGUAAGUUUUAUCCUGCAAUCCAUGAACCAGUUUAGUAGCCCUUCUCUGAACUCUCUCCAAAGUUUCUAUAUUCUUCUAGAUACAGUCUCAGAUUCUGCGUACAAUACAGUUACAACUUCCCUAAACUCCCCCUCUCCGCAGGAUUAAGUCUGCACAAAUAUUUGUGUUGGGGCAUCCUGGUUGUCUACUCUAGGGCAUUUUAGUCUCGGUUAUUUUUCAGUCAUUAUUUAUUCAUUGCAAUAAAAAUAAAUCAGUUCCAGCAAUGAGUCUCCCUUUAAAUCCAGCAUACAGCAGUGUGUUGUAGGUUAGAUCAAAAUAAAGUACUAACCAAUCUCUCUCUGUGUCACUGCCAGCUCGGUUACACCAAAUGAAUGGGAAGAUUUCACCAAUCAGAACAUUGUAAAAGCUGAAAAGCAAAGAAAUAAUGCUUUGGCACUGCGAGCCCUGAUUGAUAGUAUUCUGUCCGAGACAGCUGGUGAUAUGCGCAAGCAGUGUGAUUCUGUGAAUUUUGCUCUGAAAAUCCGAGUGAACGAAACUAAAGAUGCCAAAAAUAAACUGGAAGUACAUUUGGCCAAGGUACAGGAUGGUAUUGGGAUGGGCAAGUUGGAUUAAAAUAUAAAUUAUGUAAAAUUUAAGGUAUCAUAAAAUUCUACAAAUAUAAUACCACAAUUCACUUGAGUCUUUACUAGAUGAGGCAAAAAUAAUUUAUGUUAACAGUCUUUGAGAAACCUUAGGAAGUGUCACAGGGGAUACAUAAUAUCAUAAAAUAUCUCACUGCAUGUGCUUUAAGGGAGACUUCUCUUCUACAUGCAAAUAUGCAUUAAAUUACUAUUUUCACUAGCACAUUCAUCCUCGUUGCACAGUGGUGCACUACUUACUAGGGCUUAAUAAAUUGUAAUGAAUAAAAUAGUCUUUUGCAUGUUCCUUAAAUAACAUCAGUUACAUCAAACCCUUAAAUGUCCCUGCCUACCCCCAAAUUUAAUUCACUUUUGCGUGGGAGAUUUGUUUCUGAUGUCUUGCUUUUACCUUGUUAAGUAAAAUAAUUAAAUAAUAGGCAUUGCAGCAAAAAUAUGACUAGCUAUAUUUAACAUGACCUGUCUCUGUUAUGGAGUGUAGAAUCAAUACAAUGAGUUCUGCUAAAUCCUUUAAAUUUCAGGUGAUGGAUGAGAUCAGUUCUCAGGAAAAGAACAUAGAACACUUGAAAAAAGCCAUUAGCGAUAAGGAAGGACCAAUCAAAGUCGCUCAGACUCGUCUGGAGACAAGAACCUUACGUCCGAACGUGGAGUUGUGUCAUGACCCUGUACAGUACAGACUCCUCAAUGAGGUUCAGGAGCUCACAACCAAUGUAGAAAGGUGAGAGUGGCAAUAGUUCAGGAUAUUUAGAAACAUGGAGAUCACGUAGCACUGGAGGCAGUUAUUUAUCUGGUUAGGUUGACAGUGUUGACAUACCUCAACACAAAUAUUUAUAGCAAAAAAUGGGAAUGAGACUUACAAAUAUAUCCAACAGGUUUUAUAAUUUUGUCUUUUUGACAGAACAUUUCUGAGCUGGAUAUCUGACUUCAUAGAUAAAUUAUGAGAACCACACAUUUAUAGCAACAAAACAAAAUACAAAAUGUAACCAGGUCCUGUAAUAAGAUAGUGUUGGCACAAUUGUGGGUGUGGGUUCAAGUUACAUGAAUAUUGGUAUUUCUAAAUCCACAAUUUAUUUGUUGUAUACAUACAUAACAGUGCAAAAAGAUAAAUGCUUUUAACAUGGCAAGAAAAACUGCAUGAGUGUGGACCAAAGUAUGAACCCAAAGUAUGUAGCAAACCAUGGCCAUGUGCAUUCUAACUGAAAAUGAUAAAAAAAGUCCAAAAAAACAUAGGGAAGCAGACAGAAUACUAAGUACAGGGGGAAAUAUAGUGAACCUCUAAAGCCACACAAAAGGCUAAAAGUUUGUAGUAUAGUAUUUUUAUGAUAUAGUACUUUUCUCAUGCGCGAAAUUAAGUCAUUUGCUUUGCCCAAGCAUUGCUCCACAAAUGCCUUUGACAUAAGACUGCAAAGACUAACCAUGCCAGAACUCACAACAGUGAUAUCACUAACUGAUAAGGGUUUAGAUUGCAAGUAAUCACAGUAUGCUUCAUUUUUUAAUAUUCUUCUAAAAUGUUUAAAUAAAUCAAACAUAUGAGUUAUGAUAAAAGCAGUCUACAUAUUAUGUGAUCAGUUUAGUAUUUAUUUUUAAUAUCGGUCAGGAGAAACAAGGACAUUCUUGGUGUUUUUUUUUUUUUUAAUUUAUACAUUAUCUUGACUUUACUUAGUUUAGCUUAUCUUCCCUUAUAAUAUAUAUAUAUUAUGUAUGUCAGUUUGGCAACCUUUUUGGUUUGUUUAUUUAUUUGGUAUUUUAUUUUCCUGUAGUGUUUAGAUUUACUCAAAUCCAGCUGCUGUCUUUUAACUCAAGAGAAAGACCAUUUCCUUACUUAGCAAAUCUUCCAUUAGUAUUAAGGCAACUGUGACUUCUUUCAUUGUAUUUAGUAUUAGAUUUGGAAAUUAACCAAAAUUUCUAUUACGCAGAAAAAUCCAUCUAGAAAAGUUAGGAGUAGAUUCUAUUUAGAAAAGUCCCAGAAAGCGGUGAAUGCAAACAGGGAUUUUGAUCUGUGUUUAUGAUCUGUAAACCCCUGACAAUGCUCUUAUACUCCAUAAUAGGCUCCGGGAAACUCUAAGGCUUGCAGAGAUCGAACUAAAAGGUCUCAUCCGUAACCAGCUGUCUCUAGAAGAGGAGAUCAAGGUUAAAGAGAAUACACUAUACAUUGAUGAAGUGAUGUGCAUGCAGAUGAGAGAGGCAAUAUCAAUCAACGACUUAUAAUGUAGCUUGUUAGCUCACAAUAACAUACAAAUAGCUGAAAUGUGUUUCCCACCUUCUGCCUUAAAAUAAAGUCUUAAAAAUAAUAAAGUUAA